CCCACUUGAUACCCCUCCAUCAAACUGUCAUCAUCAACACUCAUACGCGCACAGACACCAAAUACGAAUAUCAAUUCCUAGCCCAGCUCCGUGUCUGCCGCAGCAAUGUCUUCAAGACGCAGUUCCCGUCAGCCCUCGAACCAGCCACCAUCCUCCCAGCAAUCCACUCCCCGUGCUUCUCGUACUGGACGGAAUGCUCCUCUUGCGCCCCCGGCGGGGUCUUCAGUGAGGGGAACGUCUCCGCUCUUCCCCGAAGGACUCACAUCGUCGCCAGUUCCGUCGUCAGACCGAGGAAGGCAAAGCUCACCGGCCGCCGCACCGGCAUCCACCCCUUUACCGCAAAAUUCGGAUGCUUUCCGAGAUUCCUCGCCACUGAGAUAUGCAUCUUCGUCUCCCCCAAGGGAUGGACGAACCCCGAGAUCUUCUGGCCUUCCGGGCUCAAGUGCCAGCGCCAUUCGCUCGAGCCGUGGAGGAGCUGCCUUCGGAACAACUCCCGCGCGCUCUCGCCGAGGAGAUCUCCAGUUUUCCGAUCUGAGGUCUACCCCCAGCCACCGUCGCCUCCUGUACGUCGACGAGAACGGUGUACCGAUGGGCAGUGAUGCGGCCGCCGACCUACUCUCCGACGCCCCUACCUACAGCGCCGGACCUACCUCUGAACUUCCGGACGGACCCAAACGGUUGAUCUGGGGUACAAACGUCUCGGUCGAGGAGUGCACCCUAGCAUUCCGCAAAUUCUUGCACGAGUUUAAACGCAAGUACCGCAUGCGCCAGGAGAAUGAGUUUAUUCACCCCGGCCAGGGCGAAGAGUUGGUUUAUCAGGAUAUGAUGAAGCAAAUGAGAGAUCUGGAGACAACAUGUUUGAACUUGGAUGUGCAGAAUUUGAAGGCUUUCCCGCCCACCAAGAAGUUCUAUCACCAACUGCAUGCAUACCCCCAGGAGUGCAUUCCCAUCAUGGAUACGGCCGUCAAAGAUGAGAUGUUGGAGUAUCUUGUGAGGAUCGGAGCAACCGAUGAGGAAUACGACAAGUGCUUGGGUAGAAAUUACAAGGCAAGGCCGUUUAAUUGCGAUAAGAGCAUCAACAUGAGGGACCUCAAUCCUUCUGAUAUCGACAAGGUUGUCUGCAUCAAGGGUCUGGUGAUCCGAGUUUCGUCAAUCAUUCCGGACAUGUCCAAAGCGUUCUUCCGUUGUCAUGUCUGUGGCCAUACCGUGACCGUCGAGAUUGACCGCGGCAAGAUCGCGGAACCCACCGAGUGCCCCAGAGAGGUCUGCAAGACGCCCAAUUCCAUGCAAAUCGUGCACAACCGCUCCGAUUUCCAGGACAAGCAGGUUAUAAAGCUCCAGGAGACUCCAGACAAUAUCCCAGACGGACAGACACCUCACGCUGUUUCCCUCUGCUGCUACGAUGAGCUUUGCGAUGUUGCCAGGGCUGGAGAUCGGAUCGAAGUCACGGGAAUCUUCAGGUCCAUCCCAGUGCGGGUGAAUCCUCGCCAGCGGUCCAUCAAGAAUCUGUUCAAGACGUACGUCGACGUACUACACAUCCAGAAGGUCGACAAGCGCCGCAUGGGACAAGAUACCUCGACCUUGGAGGCUGAGGUUGCGAAUGCGGUCAUGGCGGAUGUGGAUGAGGUCCGAAAACUCACAGAUGAUGAAGUGAGCAAGAUUAAGGCCCUCGGUGCGCGUUAUGACAUUUACGAGCUUCUUUCUCGCUCUUUGGCGCCCAGCAUUUACGAGCUUGACGACGUGAAGAAGGGUGUCCUGCUGCAGCUCUUUGGCGGUACGAACAAGACAUUCGAAAAGGGCGGAGCGCCACGAUACAGAGGUGACAUCAAUGUCCUGCUGUGCGGUGACCCAUCUACCUCUAAAUCCCAGCUCUUGCAAUACGUUCACAAGAUCGCCCCUAGAGGAAUCUACACAUCCGGUAAGGGAUCCUCCGCGGUCGGUCUUACGGCCUAUGUCACUCGUGACCCCGAGACCCGUCAACUGGUCCUGGAGUCCGGAGCUCUGGUCCUUUCCGACGGCGGAGUCUGCUGCAUCGACGAAUUCGACAAGAUGUCCGAUUCGACGCGGUCCGUUCUUCACGAAGUGAUGGAGCAGCAAACUGUCUCCAUCGCCAAAGCCGGUAUCAUCACCACUCUCAACGCGCGCACUUCCAUUCUCGCCUCCGCCAACCCCAUCGGCUCCAAGUACAACCCCAACCUUCCGGUUCCCCAGAAUAUCGACCUCCCGCCCACGCUCCUCUCCCGUUUCGAUCUGGUAUACCUCGUGCUCGACCGCGUCGACGAAGCUACAGACCGCAAGCUGGCGCGGCACCUGGUCGGAAUGUACCUCGAGGACCGGCCCGUGCACGCCACGGAAGCCGAAGUGAUCCCUGUCGAGACCCUCACGGCGUACAUCUCGUACGCGCGCCAAAACAUCCACCCGAAGCUCACAGCCGAGGCGGGCGACGAGCUCGUGACCGCGUACGUCGCGCUGCGCAAGCUGGGCGAAGACGUGCGCGCCGCGGAGCGCCGCAUCACUGCCACCACCCGCCAGCUCGAGAGCAUGAUCCGCCUCGCGGAGGCCCACGCUAAGAUGCGCCUGUCGGAAACCGUCACUGUCGACGACGUCAAGGAGGCCGUGCGCCUCAUCAAGUCGGCCAUCAAGGAGUCCGCCACCGAUCCGGUCACGGGUCGCAUCGAUAUGGACCUCCUUGCCGGUAUAUCGGGCUCCGAGCGUCGCAGGAAGUCGGAUCUUAAAUCGGCUAUCAUCAAGCUCCUUGAUGAGAGCAUGGGCUCUGGCGGAAGCAUCAGGUAUAAUGAGCUGCUGAGCAAGAUUCAGGAGCAGAGUGGCGUUACCGUGGAGAAUAUGGAGUUUGCCGAGGCCCUGAGGGCCGCGGAGGCAGAGGGCGCCGUCAGGGUACAUGGUGAUGGCGCGAGGAGGACGGUUAGGAGGAUUACGGGCGUGGUAUAG